GAUUCUCAGUUGAUUGUUGCCAAUAGUGAUUUAUUUGUUUCUCUUGUCUAUCUAAUUGUAAUUAAUGUAAUCGAUACUUUUUUUUAUCAUCAUCAACAAUUGAAAUGGAUUUUAAAUUGUCCAUCAGAUUAUUGAUUUGUCUUUAUUAUUUCAAUGGUCAGUUUCUUAUGUUUUGGUCAGUUUUCAAUAGCCAAACAGUUGAGAAACAUGAUUACAAUUAACUUGAUAAAAUGUCUUUUUUUAAUUGUGAUUACCAUCAACCGAUCGUACCAAUUGAGUGUUGAUAAUUUAAUCAUUGGUGUAAUCAUUGAUGAAGCUGAUACAACAAUUAAGAAAUCAGUUACUGCAGCAAUUAACUCAUUAUCAACUUUAUUUACUAUUGAUAAAGUUAAAUGGAUUGAAGGUGAUUCUAGAUUAACUGGAUUAGAGGUUAAUUGUGAUUGGAUAUCAAGUAGAUUUAAUAAUUCAAUUCCAACGAUUAUUUUUGAUUUAACUGAGGCCAAGGAAAGUAAAUUAUCAACAGCAAUUAAAAGUUAUUCUAGACAAUUGGGAAUACCAACAAUCAGUACUAAUCCAUCAACAAUCAAAACAAAUAGUUGGGAUAAUCUUAAUCACAAUGAAAUUAAUUACCUGAUCACAAUUAACAGUCCCGGUGAUGUUAUCCCAAUGAUUAUCCCGGACAUAAUUAACCUUCACAAUAUAAAUGAAGCAAUAAUUUUACAUGAUCAAUCAUUUGUCAUAGAUGAUAAGUUAAUCAAUAUAUUGGACGAGAUACAAGUUGAUUAUAAAAUUAAACGUUUAACGAUUGAUUCAUUGGAUGAGCAAAUGAUUGAAUUAAGAGGUUCAUCAGUUAAAAAUUACUUUGUCUUAGCAAAAAUCAUCAACAUCAACCGAAUCCUUGAACAGGCUGCUCAUUUGGGUAUGUUCAAGUUUCAAGAUUCCUGGUUCAUGAUUACCAAAGGAAGAGGACAAAUUAAAUGUGACAAUUGUUCACAUGGAUCAAUAUUAUUUUAUCAACCAUCUCGAGUUAAAUCAAUUGAAUACGAUCAUGCUCCAGGGCUUUUGAACAUUACAAAUGAACGUCGAGUUGAUGGUUUUUUCAUUUACGAUUUGAUUAGAUUUACACUGACCAGUGUCCAUCAGAUGAUUAAGGCAAAUACCUGGAAAACUUUGAGUUACCCAAGUUGUGGUCAUUCUUUGACAUUGACCCAAACCAAUGAGAGGAAAAAUUUGAACCUUCGAGAUACCAUGUCAUCGGAAGGCUUUUAUGGACUUUUCGGACAGUUCAUCGUCUCACCUGAAUCGAGUAAUGAAUUAUCAUCGAGUCACAGUGAUCAUAUAAUUGAUUAUCAGGAGAUAAUUGUUCGGGUCACUAAGAUAGAGCUUUGGAAUUGGCAACCUUUUCGUUAUUACCUGGUCAGUGAGUGGAUUGCAGAGCCACCGAGAGGACGAUUCAUGAUGACCGGUGCUAUUCAAGCCGCUAAGAGGCCAUUGUAUCGUAUUGUUACAAUCAAGCAACCUCCGUUUGUGAUGCGAUGGUCUAAUGGUACUUGGUAUGGUUAUUGUAUCGAUUUGCUCGAGUUAAUUGUUGAAAAGCUUCCGGAAGAAGAUAAAUUUGAUUAUGAAAUCUAUGAAUGUCCUGAUGGUAAAUAUGGUGACAAAGAUUUAGCAACCGGAAGAUGGGACGGGAUAAUGGGACAAUUACAAGAUAAGAGAGCCGAGAUUGGAAUUGGUUCCGUUACUGUGAUGGCUGAACGUGAAUCGAUCGUUGAUUUUACUGUUCCUUAUUACGAUCUGGUUGGCGUUUCGAUUCUGAUGAAAAGAACGGCAACACCUUCACAUAUGUUCAAAUUUCUUACCGUAUUGACCAACAACGUCUGGCUAUCGGUGCUUAUAUGUUACAUCGUUACCAGUGUGGUCAUGUAUUUGUUUGAUAGACUGAGUCCGUAUAGUUAUCAUAAUGCUGUCGAAAGAGGCAAAGCGCUAGAUGCAAAUAGAGACUUUAACUUGAAAGAGUGUCUCUGGUUCUGCAUGACCUCAUUGACCCCUCAAGGUGGAGGUGAAGCACCGGUGAACUUAUCUGGCCGUUUACUUGCAGCUUGUUGGUGGAUUUUUGGAUUUGUUUUAAUCGCUACUUAUACUGCAAAUUUGGCUGCUUUUUUAACGGUUUCUCGUCUCGAUUCACCAAUUGAUGGACUCGAUAAACUGGUUGAACAGUACAGAAUAAGAUAUUCUCCAGUUCGAAAUUCACUUUCAAUGGUUUAUUUUGAACGAAUGGCUUAUAUCGAACGAAAAUUUUACGAAAUUUGGAGAGACAUGACUUUGGAUGAGCAAAUGGACCCAAAAGAACGAGCUAAAUUGACUGUUUGGGACUACCCUUUAAGCCAAAAGUACAGUAACAUCAUGAAACAGAUUAAAAUAACGGGUAUGCCAGAGACCUUCGAGGAGGGUGUUGCUCGUGUUCAAAGCUCAAAAAGUUCAGCUGAAGGUUUCGCUUUGCUAGCUGAUGCAACGAAGAUCAGAUAUGCUGCUAUGAUAAAUUGUGAUAUUCAUCAAGUUGGUAACGAAUUCAGCAGGAAACCAAUCGCACUUGCCGUUCAAGAGAAUUCCGAGUUAAAGGAUAAACUAAGCUCGGCGAUUUUGAAGCUUCUCAACCAGCGACAACUUGAAUCUUUGAAAGAAAAAUGGUGGAAUAAUAAUCCGGAACAAAAGAAUUGCGAAGACCCAAAGAAAUCAAGUGAUGGAAUUAGUAUCAAAAAUAUCGGCGGUGUUUUCAUCGUCAUAUCUGUCGGCGUUGUUUUAGCCUGUAUAACACUCGUAUGGGAACAUUGUAUCACUCCAAGGUUCAGAAAAUCGUCAGCACGAGUUUCUUCAACUUUCCGCAACGAAUUCAUCCAGAAAAAGUCCCCAAACUUUUACAAUUUCCCAAUGGCCCUUGACCCUAAAAUCAAGGAUAAAAUCUAAUUACCCCAACAAUAACCCAAAUUAAUUGGAAAUCAAUCAGAUUAUCUCGAUCGUAAUUCAAACUGACCACUAAAACUCCCAGUUAAUUGUAAUAUUUGAAAUUGUUGCACAUUCGUAUCAACCCUAAUUGUUAUUUGUGUAGCUGGUGAAACAAUUAAAGCGCAAAUGAAUUGACCAACAAUCGUAACCUUUCAAUUACUUAACAAUCAACGAUAUUGAUAAUAACUUAUGAACUGUUUGGUUCCCUUUUCCGGUUUUCCCCUAUUUCCUUGUUCUACUAAACUUUAAUUUCUUUGAGUUCUCCAAUUAUCUCUGGUCCCUGUUUACAAUUGUGUCAUCUCAAUCAGUGUAUUCGAUUA